AUGACUCGAACGAUGCGACUUGAUGUCGGACUGGUGACCUGCUUGGCCGCCUUGUCCAGCGUCGCGGAUGCCUUCUGGCGACUUCCUUGCCGAGGACGAAGUGGUCUGGCUCGGAUGGAUCCAUUGAUGGACCCCGGAGAGCCGUCGAACCACGUCCAUGCGGUCCAUGGCGCAAGCGCCUUUUCGAUGUCCGUCAGCGAAAGCAGCCUCAAAGAAUCGAGCUGCACCUCUUGCGCAGUUACCCAGGACAAGUCGGCCUACUGGGCUCCCGCGCUGUACUUCCAGCACGAGAAUGGUGAUACUGAAAUUGUGGAGCAAGUGGGAGGCAUGCUUGCGUGA